AUAUGGCAGCUUCAUUCGCUACUCUCCCACCUUAUUGCUCCAUUCAGAAGAGACCCUUUACCUUCCAACACCAUCUCAUUACUUUCAGACUUUCCUCAAACACUAAGCUCAUCUUAAGAGCCCUACCUCACAUUAAAACCAAAUUUCUUAACGCUGUUGUGGAUUCAGCCUUUCAGUUUGUCGACCAGCUUGUGCUUCCAUCUCAGACAAACUUUGCUCCGGUGGAGGAAUUAGGGGAAGCCAUGGAUAUCAGUGACAUUGAAGGCCACAUGCCAGAUAAUUUUCCGGAUGGUGUCUACAUUAGAAAUGGUUCGUAA